GGGGCGGGGCCUGGCUUCGGGGGCGGGGCUUGGUGCGGACCCCGCCCCGGUCCGUCUGCGAAUGCGCUCCGCAGGCGCAGGACGCGCUCAGCCCAGACCCGGAGCUGCCUGCGGGUUCUUCCGCGGGUCGGCGAGUCCGGGAGCGGGCGCCGAGAUGCGCCCCCUGCUCGGCCUCCUGCUGGUCUUCGUCGGCUGCACCUUCGCCCUGUACUUGCUGUCGACGCGACUGCCCCGCGGGCGGCCCCUGGGUUCCGGCGAGGACACCGCAGACAGGUCACUGUGGUUCCCCUCAGACCUGGCAGAGCUGCGGGAGCUCUCCGAGGUCCUUCGAGAAUACCGGAAGGAGCACCAGACCUACGUGUUCCUGCUGUUCUGCAGCGCCUACCUCUACAAGCAGGGCUUUGCCAUCCCUGGCUCCAGCUUCCUGAACAUUUUAGCAGGUGCUUUGUUCGGACCAUGGCUGGGGCUUCUGCUGUGCUGUGUGUUGACGUCAGUGGGCGCCACGUGCUGCUACCUGCUCUCCAGUGUCUUUGGCAAACAGCUAGUGGUCUCCUACUUCCCUGAUAAAGUGUCCCUGCUGCAGAGGAAGGUGGAGGAGAAUAGAAACAGCCUGUUUUUUUUCUUACUGUUUCUGAGACUUUUCCCCAUGACGCCAAACUGGUUCUUGAACCUCUCAGCUCCAAUUCUGAACAUCCCGAUUGUGCAUUUCUUCUUCUCUGUUCUGAUCGGUUUGGUCCCGUACAAUUUUAUCUGUGUGCAGACAGGCUCCAUCCUGUCUACUCUUACCUCCCUGGAUGCUCUUUUCUCCUGGCAAACAGUCUUCAAGCUCUUGGCCAUUGCCCUGGUGGCCUUAGUUCCUGGAACCCUCAUUAAAAAAUUUAGUCAGAAGGACCUGCAUUUGAAUGAAAUAAGCAAUGCCAAUCAUCUAACUAGUAGAAAGGACACGUGAUCUAGGUUUUUUGUUUGCCACGUCCCUGGACUCUGUUGUUCCUUUGUGUAAUGGUGUGGUCCUCUGCAGCCCCUCACUGUUCUUAGUUACCCUCAACAGGUGACUUGGACACUGUUCAUCUCUGUGCAGUGUUUUCAUAAAAGACUUUCUGUGCUCUAGAAGGGGAAUUGUAUCGGCCUAGCAGGACACUCUGUGAAACGGAUGGCCUUCUAGAAAAUCCUGUUUAUGUUCUAUUGAAUAACAAGGAACUCAGCGUGGUCUGUUGUAUUUGCCUCUUGCCAAGCCCUGAGCUGCCUUAGGAGAAGAUGCUGAUUGUCUUCGUCCGGAGCACUUCUUUUCCAGCCAGUUGUGACAGGUGUUCUCUGGUUAAGUCCCUAGUGGGUGUUCUUGGUGUAAAUGAUGACAUUACCCUUUAUCUUGUUAGUCUCUUGAAGAGUAUUCUGUGUUACUUUUUUGGUGAUGACCUACCUCUUCCAUAAAACAAGGGAAACAAGCUGAUGUACCACACAGAACUUGCUCGCACAGCUCAAAUGCACAGCGGUCUCCGUGAUGCUCUUCGUGUCCAGAUGCGCUGACGUUACCGUAUAUGUCAGACCUCUUAGUUGCAUGUUCUGAUAAUUAAGCUGAUUGCAAAUAGAUUAUUAAAUAUGAAUGCAGCAAACUCUAUGUUACGGUAUGUUCUGGAGAAAUUCUUCCCUGUCUGAAUGGGGCAGCAUCCUUGGCUCACUUAAACCAAAUGACUAUCAGUACAUUUUCUAAUCUGGCCUUUCUGUGUGUGAAUCCUUUCUCCAUCCUCCUGCUAGGAGAAUGGAUUCAGUACACUCAGCUAUCAGCCAUUGUGCCCUCUGUAUUUUUUUCGUGUUGUCAUUUGUUGAGAAUAACUGAGGAAUAUUUUGAUCUUUUAAUCCAAAGAGGAAAACUUGGUUUUAGAUUACUUUGUUGUGUUACAUUUUAAUGAUCUGUAGCUGUCAUUGCCUCUUGCACCUUGAACAGGCACAGCCUGGGUUCAUACUGCCAGGAGCACAAAGACCUCAGCACCUGAACUGACCAGCUCUCUAGGAUCACGGACCCUACGGGAGUAACUCAUAUUUCUUACCAACGGAACUGUUGCCUUUGGGUGUCAGCUGCUGGGUUUCGAUCUGGCUCAGCCAGUCUUGCCAAGGCUUUCACCUGGGCCACUGUUGUACAUGCAUCCUUGAGAAGGCUCCUGUUCAGUGGUAAGCAUGAAUUCCCAAGCACUGCUUUUGGGACAUGGUAUAAUCCUAAAAAACACCACAAGGACUUCAUUUUUGAAGUUGUGUUGCUUUAAAGAAAGCUUGGUAACGAGUAGGGGUGAGGAGAAGGCUUUGUGAAAUCUGUGGCUUUGUGUGUUCUGGAGGAGGGGGAGGGAACAGGGAAACCAGUGUUUUCUACACUAUUGCAAGUACAUGCCCUUCACCCUUCACAGGAUCCUUGUGUUUGUCUCUCUCUUCCCCCAUGAUUUUGCUACAAUGUGCCUUACCAGUUGUGAGUUUACAGGUAAAGCAAUAUCCCAAAUAAAUGGAUAUAAAUGUUC